AUGGCCGGCGUCCGUCGAUUGGAAGGAGCACCAGCACCAGAUUACGGUUAUGGAAUUGAGAAGCUCACUGUUCUCUGGUUGUUGCCUGAGAUGGUUGUGCCUAGUGGUUUGAGAAUUAUAGAUUCAGAUGCAGAAACACUCAUCAUGAAGCAAGUUGCAUACCAUGUUAACAAUUUUGUGCUCUACUUUGAUAUCUACAAGUCAUUCAAGACAUCUGACUGGGAUGACAAUGUGGUCAAUCCAGGGAAGCCAGCAGCUGAAAGGCAUGAUGAUGAUGAUGGGGAUUUUGUGGCUAGUGACAAUGAUGGUAGUGUGGAUGGGGAUUUUGUGGAUAGUGAUUAUGAAGUUGAUCAUGAGGAUGAUGAUCUUUUCUGGGACAAUAUUGAUGAUGGGGUGGUUGAUGAGGGGGCAGGUAUGGGCAUUGUAGUCAGCAAAGGGUACAAGAGAAAUGCCCCAGUUGGCAAAGAGAACAUGGCAGAAAGGCAAUGGGAUGAGAUAUCAACUGAUGAGGAUGAGUUGGAGUUACCUGAUUCUAAUGGAGAGGGUAAGAUUGGGGCUAACAUGUCAUCCUUCAGGCCAGAGGAUAUUGAGAACCCAAUUUUCAAGUUAGGAAUGAAGUUUGAUUCAAUAGAACUGCUUAGAAAGGCAAUUUCAGAAUACAGUAUCAAAGAGAGGGUGGAGAUAAAGAUGCCAUGGAAUGACAAGAAAAGAAUCAAAGCUCAUUGUGAUGUAAAUUGUCCAUGGUACUUGUAUGCUUCUUGGGACACAAGGAUGAGUUGUAUCAUGAUCAAAUCUUUUGUUGGGAAUCACACAUGCCAGAAGAAGUGGGAACUGAAGAGGUGCACCGCAAAGUGGCUUGCUAACAAGUACUUGGAUAGGUUUAGGGCUGAUGAGAAGAUGAGCCUGACCAAUUUUGGGAAGACUGUUCAGCUAGAAAUAAACCUGACCAUUUCUAGGAUGAAGCUGUGUAGGGCAAGAAGGAAGGCAUGGGAGAUCAUUUAUGGGGAUGAAGUGAAGCAAUUCAAUGAGCUGAGGAAUUAUAGGCAUGAACUUAGGAGGAUAAAUCCUGGCAGUACCUUCUUUCUAACAUGCCUUGAUGGUUUCUUCAGUACACUUUACAUGUCUAUGGAUGCAUGCAAAAGAGGUUUCCUCACUGGUUGCAGGCCUGUUAUCUGUCUAGAUGGCUGCCACAUCAAGACAAAGUUUGGAGGGCAGCUGCUAACUGCAAUAGGUAUAGACCCAAAUGAUUGCAUUUUUCCUUUGGCCAUAGCAGUGGUGGAGGUUGAGUGCCUAGCAUCAUGGAAGUGGUUCUUAGAGACACUGAAAGAGGACCUUGGCAUAGAAAACACAACUCCUUGGACCAUCAUGACAGAUAAACAAAAAGGUCUUAUCCAUGUUGUUCAGCAAGUGUUUCCUGAGUCAGAACACAGGUUCUGUGUUAGACAUCUGUACCAUAACUUCUCAGGCCAAUUCAGAGGAGAGAACUUCAAGAAUCAGCUUUGGAGGUGUGCAAGAGCUAGUACAGUGGUGAGGUGGAACCAGGAGAUGGACAAAAUGAGAGUUCUCAGCAAGGAUGCCCAUGCAUGGUUAGAAAAGAUGCCACCAAACACAUGGGUUAGGGCUUUCUUUAGUGAGUACCCAAAGUGUGAUAUCCUCUUGAACAACACUUGUGAAGUUUUCAACAAUUACAUAGUGGAAGCCAGAAAAUUGCCUAUUUUGAGCAUGCUACAAAAGAUCAAGGUUCAUGAUAGAGAAUGGAAGUAUGUUGUGGACAUUGCAGCUAAGAAAUGUGAAUGUAGAAGAUGGGACUUGACAGGCAUACCAUGUAGUCAUGCAAUUGCUUGCCUUAAGCAUGAAAGAAUUCCAGAAGACUCAGUGCUCCCACACUGUUACUCCAUUGAAGCUUUCCAGAAUGCAUACAACUUCCAAAUUUUUCCAUGCUCUGACAAGACUAAUUGGCAAAAUGUUGGAGGCACAGAAGUGAAGCCACCUAAAUAUGAGAAGAAACCAGGUAGGCCAGCAAAGGCAAGGAAGAAAGCACCACAUGAACAACAAGGCAGAAAUGGACCAAGGCUAUCUAAACAUGGAGUAACAAUGCACUGCAGUCACUGUGGAAAACCUGACCAUAAUGUAGCAAGAUGUGCAGCAAAGGAAGCAGGAGAACCAGCUGUCCAGAAAAGGAAAAGGUCAGCUGUUCAACAAGCACAUGAGGAAGCAAGGCAUCAAGAAGAAUAUCAGGAGGUCUAUACUGCAGAAGCUGAAACAGAAGCAACCAUGUCCCAAGUAGACAACCCUAUGCUGUCUCAACUACUGGAUGAGGCCUCACAGACUAUGAGACAGCAUCCAGUCAGUCAACCUAUACCAGAUUCAGCCUACAUCGUUUCCAAUGUUCCACUAGCAAGGCAAAUUCAGAUGACAACGGCUACCAAAGCUGGUGGACAUCAAGGACCAAGAAAGCAGUGA